AUGCUAUCCAAUAUCUCGAAUCUCGGUUUCAUGGCACUGCUUGCCACUCCAGCGGUCCAUGCAUUCAAAUACUAUAUCAGCGCAGCUGCUGAUUGCUGGACCACUCAAUUGAUCAUUGUCACCAAUGAUGACGACUCAUGCGACGCGAUCAACAAUUCUGCCGAUAACGAUGGCGGUCCGUUGAAACGUGGUGGAGCUCGCGAGUGGCCAGCCCAGGAUGGACAUCCGGCCUUCACUAUAGUCAUAAACAACGACGAGAACUAUGACUCGACCAAUGUUGGCGGCCAGGUCGGCAAUGUUAAAUGGGAUGACGGAAAGACCUACCCCAUGACUGUUAGUUUUCGGGCUAGCUGCUAA